AUAAAUAAAAAACACAGACAGAGGCUGGACUACAACAUUCGUCAUUUUAAUCCAAAUAAAAGGACUAAAAGGGAUGCCACACGUUAAAUCCACGUGAUGUGAGAGAAGCGCAGGAAAGCUGUAACCGCUCUUGCGCUCCUCGGUGACUCGCUGUGCGUUUUGGAGACAGGUACGGCUGCAUUUUACGCAUACAGAACACACUUCAGCAGCACACACACACACACACACACGGAAAAGCCAUGCUUACCGACACAUAACACACAUUAUCUAGCACACCUUAGUCCGUCUUUAGGACGCGCAUUAGACGUGGAUCAUCUUUCCCACUACUACAGCAUAUAGUGUCUCCUCAUUCUGGAGUUGCUCAGAAGAAAAAAAAAGCUGCAGUGUUUUCUUUUUCACUUAAUGUUGAGGACUUAAUCAGACCUAUGUUCCUUCAAGUGGAUUAAACUACGCGAGGGAGCAUGGUUUUAUCCAGAAACGAAACGCUGUGGUCUGAGGAUCAGCCGGACGCGAACCGCACGGAACUCGAGCCUCUCAGUCCGGAGGUGGUGAUCGUCCCGGUUAUAUUUGGAUGCAUUUUUUUCUUAGGGAUUGUCGGGAACACUUUGGUGAUGGUGGUAAUCGGGAGGAUCAAGUCGAAGCGCUCGAGAAGCACCACCAAUAUUUUCAUCCUCAACCUCAGCAUAGCGGACCUUUCUUUCCUUCUCUUCUGUGUGCCCUUCCAAGCCACAAUUUACUCGCUACCCGAGUGGGUUUUCGGCGCCUUCCUGUGCAAGUUCGUGCACUACAUCUUCACCCUGAGCAUGCUAGUGAGCAUCUUCACGCUCGUCGCCAUGUCUGUGGACAGGUACGUGGCCGUGGUGCUCUCCAAGAAGUCUCCGUGCAUUAGGAACCGCAGGAACACACUCGCCGGGGUGUGUGUGAUCUGGGCGAUGUCGUUCGUCUUCGCCGUGCCCAUGGCACAGCAUCAGAUUCUGACUAAUCACCCGGAUGCCCCGAACAGCUCCUUCUGCUGGGAGAUCUGGCCCGAGUCGGUGGCCAGGCGCACGUACAAAGUGACCAUUCUGGUCAUUGGGUAUCUGUUACCUCUGCUUUUGAUCACAUGCUGCUACACCAAGGUGUUGUACCACCUUCAUAAAAAAAUAAAGAAUAUGUCCAAGAAAUCAGAACGUUCAAAGAGAAAGACAGCACAGACGGUGCUGCUGGUUGUCGCAGCUUUCCUCUUCUGUUGGAUGCCCCACCAUAUCAUUGCCAUGUGGGUGGAAUUUGGAGAUUUCCCCCUGAAUGAUGCCUCCUUUGCGUUUCGCAUCAUGUCGCACUGCUUGGCCUAUGGAAACUCCUGUGUCAACCCCAUUCUCUACGCCUUCCUCUCGGAGAACUUUCGGAAGGCCUGCCGGCAGGUCUUCACCUGCCGUCUCUUCUACUCACCCCCGCCGGUGAAGAAAAUAGCACGGAUCAGGAUGGAGAAUUUCUCCACCACACACUCCACCACCAACGUGUGAGAAGGGACUAAGCUCUGUGAAGCUGAAACUGAGCCGCUAUCGCACUUGCAAAUAUUCUCCAUUUCUUAUUCAGUUGCAGCCAAAUCCCUCAUUGCUAUUCAAACUAAAAAUACGGUGCAGUGUAUCUAUGACUUGUACAAACGCAGGCUGUAAAUUCAUCAGCGGAGCUAGGUAGCCUCGAGAGCCGAAAGCACUCUCAUCCUCAAGAUACAUUUUCAUGCUCAGAGCAGCCAAGAGAAAGUGACGCUCUGAUUAUUUAACUGAAAAACAUCCAUGUCGGUGUGGCUCAGUGAAUAGUGACUGCAGUGUUCAUUUUAUUUCCAGUGAGACUUCAUUUAUCUAUGCUAGUCUAUGAUAUGUGUGCUAUAAUUUGCUAACUGACUUGUUUACAUGGUUAAACGUGUUGUAUAAUGUGCAAUCUGCAGCCAUCAUUAAAAUAAAGGAAUGAACAUGGACAUUAACAUAACAUGGACAUUAACAUGGACAUUAUUAAUGCCUUUAAUAAUGUUUCUCACACCUCAGGCCAUGUCCACACACUAAUACGGAUACAUUUGAAAUCAGACAAGUUUUUUAUUUGUUUUGGCUUGCCGUCCUCACCGAAACCACUAAAAAUGAACUUUUUGGGGGGAAAAAAUAAAUAAAUUAGUAGCUUAGAUGAAAGGAAACAGAGAUGCUCAUGUCUGUCGUCUUGUGAUAGAUCCCUGAUUGUCACGUGAUCCAGAUCCAACACCCACAAAACAGAUGUUUAUUCCUUUUUUCUUUUUUUUUUAACAAUUAAACACAUCUGUGUAUAUAAACAGUACAUGCCAAUGGUGUACCUAUUGUAUAAUGAGUAUUUUUGUGAUUUCUCCAUCUUUUCUGGGGUACACUGCAUCAAACCAUGGAAAAUGUGCAAACUGCGCAAAUUUCCUGGUUCAGUUAGUGUACAUAAUUUGCAUACGACCCUAUCUUACUCAGAAAUAUGGAAGCCCUGAACCACAAAUGCUUAGUCAUUAUUUCAAAUUAAAAUCUAGUCUUUUUUUUUUGUUUUACUUCAUAACUCAUUAUUUCAAGUUGUUUCGAAUUUAAUAUCUCACUAGAUCAACGUAAUAACUCAUUUCAAGAUCUCAUUAUUAUGUCGAAACCCAUUCUUUCGGGAUGUUACGUCUUUGUUUUGGCUUUUAAUAACUCAUGAUGAUAUUAUGUUGUUAUUUUGUAACACCCCAGAAUCUAUUAAAUAAGGUUAGUUUAUUGAAUUCUUAU